GGCCGCGCCGGCUGAAUGGGCCCGAGCCCGCCAGCGAGGUGGGCGGGGCAGUGUCGGCCGGCCGAAAGCCGCCGAAGCGGGCUAGCGGGAUGGGCGGGGCCUCGGCGGCUGAGGCGGAAGCGCGAACGCGAGACCCGCGGCGCCUCACCCGCUGAAACAGGCGGAAGUGGGCAGGCGAGCUGGGCGGGGCUAUGGCUGCCGAGGUGGGCGGGAGCGGACGGGAGAGGCGGGCGAGCGGCUGAAGGGGGACUCGACACGUGGGCGGGGCCCACGCCGACUGAGGCGGGCCGGACGGCGGUGACGGGCGGGAGCCGCAAGCGAGCGGGCGGGGCCGGGCCGGCCGCGGUGGGCGUGACCUGCGGGGUGGGCGUGGCCGCGGGCUCCACACUCGGGAGCCCGAGGGUGGGCGGCACUAGAGGGAGCCGCGGCCGCGCCCGCCCUGUCGCGCCUCGUUUGCCGCUCGGAGCGCCGCCUCCCCAGCCGCUCGGAGCCGCCGCGAUGGCGGAGGACAGCGAGUCUGCGGCCAGCCAGCAGAGCCUCGAGCUGGACGACCAGGACACGUGCGGGAUAGACGGAGACAAUGAGGAGGAGACGGAACACGCCAAAGGAAGCCCUGGAGGGGAUUUGGGAGCAAAAAAGAAAAAGAAGAAACAGAAGAGAAAAAAGGAGAAGCCGAAUUCUGGGGGUACCAAGUCUGACUCUGCAUCUGACUCCCAGGAAAUUAAAAUUCAGCAGUCUUCAAAAUUCAGAAGAUAUUCACAUUUUAAUUUUUCUGGGUGUCUGUCUAAUUACCUGCAUAGCACAACGCCAUCUGGCAGCAGAUUUCAGCGGGAGCAGCCAUGGAAUCCUACCAUCCCUAUUCAGAAGCUACAGGACAUCCAGAGAGCAAUGGAGCUGCUGUCUGCAUGCCAAGGCCCAGCCAGGAACAUUGAUGAGGCCACAAAGCGCAGAUACCAGUUCUGGGACACACAGCCAGUACCCAAAUUGAAUGAAGUCAUAACAUCUCAUGGUGCAAUUGAACCAGACAAGGACAAUAUCCGCCAGGAACCGUAUUCUUUGCCACAGGGUUUUAUGUGGGACACUUUAGAUUUGAGUAAUGCUGAAGUGCUGAAGGAGUUGUACACUUUGCUGAACGAGAAUUACGUGGAAGACGAUGACAAUAUGUUCCGCUUCGACUAUUCGCCUGAGUUUCUCUUGUGGGCUCUGCGUCCCCCAGGCUGGCUUCUGCAAUGGCACUGUGGGGUCCGAGUGUCUUCAAAUAAAAAGCUAGUAGGUUUCAUAAGUGCCAUCCCAGCAAACAUUCGAAUUUAUGACAGCGUGAAGAGGAUGGUAGAGAUCAACUUUCUCUGUGUCCAUAAGAAGCUGAGAUCCAAACGGGUAGCUCCAGUGUUAAUUCGAGAGAUAACUAGAAGAGUGAACCUAGAAGGGAUCUUCCAGGCUGUUUAUACUGCCGGAGUGGUUCUUCCUAAACCUGUUGCCACAUGCAGGUAUUGGCAUCGAUCCCUAAACCCCAGGAAACUGGUGGAAGUGAAAUUUUCUCACUUGAGUAGAAACAUGACCUUACAGAGAACAAUGAAGCUUUACCGACUUCCGGAUGUUACAAAGACUUCAGGUUUGAGACCAAUGGAACCAAAAGAUAUCAAAGCAGUCCGAGAACUGAUCAACAGCUACUUGAAGCAGUUUCAUCUAGCUCCUGUGAUGGAUGAAGAGGAAGUGGCCCACUGGUUCCUCCCCAGGGAACACAUCAUUGACACAUUUGUGGUGGAGAGCCCUAGUGGGAAGCUGACUGAUUUCCUGAGCUUUUACACGCUCCCCUCCACGGUUAUGCACCAUCCCGCUCACAAGAGCCUCAAGGCUGCCUAUUCCUUCUACAACAUUCACACAGAGACACCCCUGCUGGACCUCAUGAAUGAUGCGCUCAUUAUAGCCAAGUUGAAAGGAUUUGAUGUAUUCAAUGCACUAGAUUUGAUGGAAAAUAAAACCUUCUUGGAAAAACUCAAGUUUGGUAUAGGAGAUGGCAACUUACAGUAUUAUUUGUACAACUGGAGGUGUCCAGGGACAGACUCAGAAAAGGUUGGACUUGUUCUACAAUAGGUGGUUUUGUUACUUCUAGAAGGCUGACAUUCUCAUUUGUUAAUACUCGAUUUAGUGAAUCCUGGAACUGCCAUUCCAAAGAAGAAUAAAAGCACAAGUUGAGUGAAAUUGAAGUAGUUGCUAACAAUCAGAACAGAUGGCCAAUAGUACACAUACCUAGUUAGGAUGUUGAGAGCCAAUCUCUGCUGUUGACUGAUGUGUGGGAGGGAUGAAGGUGUCCACAGAGUUCUCCUGGUAAAGAGAGGAUGUUGUUCUUCCACUCUAGAAGUCGGAUUGUUUCUCUGUGAACCAAACAGAAGUGGUGGCAUCAUGUUAAGAAAACCUUUGCUGUUAGGAGAGUCACUGCUGCUUUUCUGUUUAUUAAGUGGUGAUAUACUUGUAUAACAGAACAAGGAUCCAUAUGUGUAUCACCUUACAUAAUGCUACUGGGAAUGUUUAUAGAAUUGACAUGUGGUAGAUAAUUACGUAUGGAGCAAUAUGAAAAUGUACCAGUGACUUAGCACAUUUAUUAUUCCAUAAGAAGCGUAGUAGCCAAAUCAGCAAACAUAACAGGUCUAUCCCAUAAGCAUAGUAGCCAAAUCAGUAAAUAUGCAGGUCUGUCCUUUGCUCUUCGGCAGGUCAGUGGAUUGUUUCAAAAGCAAAAUUUGGGCAAAUGUUCAGCAUGCUCACUAAAGAGUACACACCGACUGACCAAACCUUGAGACUGCUUGCAAUCUCAUUACUCAGCAGUGUCAAGGAUGUGUGAGGGAAAGGAAGUAAAAGCUCUAAGGUCAGAUUAAAUGCCCAGGAGUAUAGUAGUGCUGUCAGCACACAGAUGGUUUGAAUGUUUUUAUUAUGCAAAAUUGCACAUGUUCCUUUAUGCUGACUUUAAUUUAUCAUGAAAAUUGUCAUGCUAAUGGAAAAUGUCUUACUUGUAAAUACGUAUUCAUAAUUUUGUUACUGAUGUUGUUUUUACCUAGAAUUUGAAAAACAAGUUUCACAGUGUACAUAUGUGUGUAUAUGCUGCCACUAAUCCAAGGGAAAGUAAAAUACUAAAUAAGGCCACUGUAUAGACUGGCCUUUGAGUCAGAUGCCGCAAAGUAGAUACUUCUUCCUGCCUUUACUACAGUGCCUCCGCCCCAGUCCAGAACACUACUUCAGACAAUAUGGCAUUUCCUUCCCUACUAGAAAGGACUCACCAAAUGUUACUUUUAGGUUGAGUCUUACCUGUUGGCUGUUCUCUACAGCUAACAAGUUGAGAAUGGUCGUUAUUUUUUUUUUUUUAAUGAUUAGGGGAAAUGGCCAAAAAAAAUGACAUUUUUGUAGCAUGCAAAUCUUAGGAAAUUCAAGUUUUAUCAGAAUACAGCCACAUCUUCAUUUAUGACCUAUCUAUGGCUGCCUCAUGCUACGAAGGGAAAUUAAGUAGUUGUAAUAGACUGGAUUGUAUUGCCUGCAAAGUUAAAAUAGUUGCUGUCUGGCUGGCCUCUUAGCGUAUUUAUGGACUGAGGUCCUAAGUAGGCCACGAAUUGUGCCAGACCUGAUAGCACCACUAGAGGGAGUACCUGGGCCUCCCAAGUGGUGCAGAAGUGGGACCAGUACUGUCUGUCCCUAAAGACACAUGACAGAUUUUUUAUUUCAUAUGGUCCAUGCCCAACUGUCACAUUUUUAACAGAACAUCUUCAGAAAAUUAAACUACCUAUUCAUUGGAAUACUGUUUAGAAAGACAGUAUUAGGUAAGUGAGUUUAGUGAAUCUGGAUUUACAGCUCUUUGGAAAUUGUUUCACUCCUUUUUUAUCUUAAACAGAUUGAGUUUUCAGUUAGAAAUGCCAGUCAGGAAUUUUUUUUCAUGGGCUUAUUUACCUCAUGAGGAAACUUUUAAACCAUCCCUUUAGAGGUUUACUGCACAUUGCAGUUGUUAAAGAACUCAUCGCCUUUAAAUACACUAAUAGUUAACAUUGGUAUAGUCAUAAUUUAAGCACAUGAUCGGUAUUUUACAAAUCAGUAACCAGUGCAAUUGCUCGGAUAUAAAAAUAGCUGUUAAAACCAGAUACAAAUGCAAAGUCUUCAGAGUUGUGUUUAAGUUGCCCUGUCUUUAUAGCCAAAAUUUAUUAUAAGGUUCUUCAAAAAAUGGAAAUUUGUCAGAUAGAACAAAGGUGGCACAGCCCAUGAGUUCAACCAGAACUUGAGGUAAAAGUUUUAAUAUCCCAUUUAGUUCCUCCUGGAAUGAUUUUCAAAACACAUAGUCAGUUCCUAUCCAAAGCACUGGCAGCUUCGUUUCCUAGCCGGAAGACCCAUUGAAUCUCUCCUCUUGCCACAUUUCACCUAAGUUACUACUGUAGUUAAUUUUUGUUGUUAGUUUUACUUUUUUUGUUUCGGUGCUGGGGAUCAAGCCAGGGAUUAUGUGUGCUAAGUACAUGUUCUAUCACAGAGCUAUACCCCCAAUGUAUUUUGAUAGAUGUUAAGUAUUGCAAGGAAAUUAAUGAUAUGCAGGGAGGGAAUUCUUAUUGAAAUAACCUUAUCAGGCUUUCCCCCCCUGUAUCAAUCAAGUCUUUCUCCAAGCUUGUGUCAAUGCUUACCUACAAAGAAAGCCAAAUUACCACAAGUAAAAAUGGUAUGCCGCUUUUGAAGACAGUGUACUGCUUAGCAUUUAGUGUCUCUCCCUUACAACUGAGCACCUUCUCCAGUUGUUCCACCCACCUUAUUAGACCAUGUCUGUGGCCCAUUUUCCAAGUUUGGUAGAGAAAUGUUAAGUGCUGUAGGAAACUGAUGUUCUUGCAAGCAAGCAUUGUACCAGCCUUUAAAGCAGUGAAUUUAUACACGCAUGGACAUUAGUCUCAAUAAACUUUGGUUUUGUUAA